AUGGCAUCGAUAAGCAACAAAGUGGCACCUAAAGCCACGGAUAUCAUUUCACGCCAGGAGAACACAAAAUUGGUGUUAAAAUCAGCCGACCCAGAAAACGAGCCAACUUAUAGCACCUCCAAGGGUUAUAACUGUGAUGCAAUAGAUGUAAUUUUAGGCGUCGACAAACAAAAUUCACCAGAGACUACAGAGAUGAACAAUAAUACAGAUAAAUCGAGAGAAAGGAACUCAGAGAGAAAAGCAUUCAUGGCUGUUUUGUUGUCAUCAAAAGCGACGAAAAUAGCCAUUGGAGUCGGGGUUGUAAUAGUAGUUGUUAUCGUCGUCAUGGCCGUGGGUCUAGGCCUGGGACUUGGGGGAAAUGGGGAGAAACGUCACUGUCCUUGCGAGCAGAUAUGUUACAAACAUAGAAAUUACUACACGUGUUCGUGUGAAGAUGGUUAUACAUUAGAAACGGAUGGAAAAAGUUGCGUUGUUUUGACCACCCCUGAAGAACCUUAUUGUCUUUGCGAACAAAUAUGUGAUUGGAUUGGUGACAACUACACAUGCUCGUGUUUGGACGGACAUUCGUUGGACGACGAUGAAAUACAUUGUGUGGAUAAUACUACUACCGAAAUACCGCAAUCGACAAUGCAAAGCACGCUCACGACUCUCACACCACAGCCAUAUGUGAUAACAACAGCAACCACACUGCCUCUCACAGUUGCAUUAUGGACUACUUUUUCGAAAACAACUACUCCUAAGACAUCGAGUCUUGCUUCUGGUGGCACAGAAUUAAUGUCUACGAUGACGCGGUUCGGUAUCACUGGUGAAUUCGUUACUACUAAGGAAUUUGCCUCACCCGUGUCAGAACAAUGGGGUAGUACAACAAUCACCAGUUGUCCAUGCGAACAAGUGUGUGAUCGAAUCGAUAGUGACUGGGUGUGUGCAUGCCACAUUGGCUAUGAAUUGACUGAAAAUCAAGUAAAUUGUGCAGAUAUUGACGAAUGUGAAACUGACAACGGUGGCUGUGAACAAAAUUGCACCAACACAAUAGGGUCAUAUUAUUGUUUUUGCCAAGAAGGCAUGAUUGUCCAGGAAGACGGUUUAUCCUGUAACUAUGACUACGACGAGGUACUGAGAAAGUCGUUGUUGUUUUACGAAGCCCAGCGUUCCGGCGUUCUGCCGGACAACAACCGCAUUCUUUGGAGAGGGGACAGCGCCGUCAACGACGCCACACCCGAUGGCAAAGACUUGAGCGGCGGAUACUAUGACGCUGGUGACCACUUGAAGCUCGGUUUACCGAUGGCGUACAGUGCUACAGUCUUAGCAUGGGGGUUCAUUCAAUUUGAAGACGCGUACGAAGCCGCUGGCGAGGUUGACCACAUGCUGGAAAAUCUGAGAUGGUUCGCUGACUAUUUUAAAAAAUGUCACACACAAGAACACGAAUUUUAUGCGCAUGUUGGAUCAGUGAAUGGAGAUCAUGGUUAUUGGGGACGCGCUGAAGACAUGACAAUGGAUAGGCCUGCAUAUAAAGUAGAUGAAGACAAUCCAGGGUCCGAUGUUGUUGGCGGAACAGCCGCUGCACUGGCAGCUAUUGCCUUUGUUUUCAAAGACAGAGACGCGGGCUAUUCUGAGACCUUACUGUAUCAUGCCAGAGAACUCUUCCUUUUUGCUGAUGACUUCAGAGAGAAAUAUUCCACCAGUAUACCCGAGGCUGCUAAAGUAUACGACUCCAGUGGUUACAUAGACGAGAUCAUUUGGGCUGCGUGCUGGCUGUAUAAGGCCACAAACGAAACGUUCUAUCUAAACCGGGCCAUUGUUCUCUACAACAACACCCCAUUCAAUAGACCUUACUCGUUUGGAUGGAAUGACGUAACGGUUGGAUAUAGGUUAAUGUUGUUAUAUUUGACUGGAGAUACCAAUCUCUACAAAUCCGGCAUAACGACCAAGUUUCUAAGUGAAUGGCUACCGGGAGGUAGCAUGCCGUAUACACCGAAAGGUCUAGUGUUCCGCGACAAGUGGGGCUCGCUGCGAUAUGCCACCGCUGCCGCAUUUAUCGCACUGGUUACUGCCGAAGCUGGAGUCAGAACGCCGGCUUAUAGAGACUGGGCGAAAUCCCAGAUUCAUUAUGUUUUAGGCGAUACCGGAAGAAGUUUUGUAGUAGGAUAUGGUGUGAACCCACCUGUCCAACCACACCACAGAGGAUCUUCGUGUCCCAAUAGACCAGCUGCUUGCAGCACGCCAUACUUAAGUUUAGCAGCUCCGAAUCCCCAAGUACUAUAUGGUGCGUUGGUUGGUGGACCGGAUGAAACCGACCACUACAGGGACAUGAGGCAGGAUUACUUCGCAAAUGAGGUGACAUUAGAUUAUAACGCGGGAUUUCAGUCAGCCGUGGCAGGACUGCGCCACCUACAGUUGAUAGGAGUGUUGUAAAUCUGGAAAGGCGGAAUGUGGUGAUAUAAGUUAUGGCGCAAUUUGGCAACAUCACUAGAAGCCUGUGAAUAUUGACAGAACCUAGUGUAAUAAAACAUGGCGAUGUGAUUAUUAUUA